UCUCCAUUAUCUGAAUUUACAGCCAAAUCCUGAACUUUAUCUUUAAAACUAAACUUUAACAUUGACCACAGUUUUAUAUAAAUUACUGUACUAUGGGAAAAGAAAGUAUCUGGUUGCUGAUCAUCGGAAUUUUUUUUAUUUCAUGCGAGUCUCUUUCCAAUUCAACUGAUACACCUGCUGCAGGAAGCACAACACACAGGACUACUGACUACGGAAGCAUCCAGUCCAAGUUCUCAUUGCGAAAUGCAGAGUUCCCAGACGAGGACCUGUGCUAUCUUGUUCCGGGAAUAAGAGAAACUAUAUCAGACUGCAGGUUUAAACUUGAUGCGCAGACCUUUCUGGUGAUCCACGGCUGGUCGGUUGCAGGACUGUUUGAAAGCUGGGUCGCUAAGCUGGUGUCUGCUUUGUUCGAGCGUGAGCCCAGUGCCAACGUCAUUGUGGUGGACUGGCUGGACCGUGCCAGCCAUCAUUACCCCACCUCUGCUGAGAACACCAGAGUAGUGGGUGGGGAUGUGGCCCAGUUCAUCGACUGGUUAGAGAUUAUCGGCUACCCACUUGAGAAGCUACAUGUUUUGGGGUAUAGUCUGGGUGCACAUGUGGCAGGUGUGGCAGGAAACCUUGCCAACAACAAAGUCAACAGAAUCACAGGUUUUGACCCGGCUGGCCCGACCUUCGAGCAUGCCGAUAGACUGAACCGGCUCUCUCCUGAUGAUGCGAAAUUUGUUGAUGUCCUGCACACGAACACCAGAGGCAGCCCGGAUCUCAGCAUCGGCAUCCAGAGGCCAGUGGGUCAUGUGGACAUCUACCCUAAUGGUGGCACCUUCCAGCCUGGCUGCAGCCUGCAGAACGCCAUGAGGAUGAUCGCUACGCACGGCUUGUACAACAUGGACCAGCUGGUGAAAUGUUCUCAUGAGCGCUCUGUGCACCUGUUCAUCGACUCGCUGGUGAAUCGGGAUCAGCCGAGCCUGGCUUACCGCUGUAGCUCCAAAGAAGCCUUUUACAAAGGCCUGUGCCUCAGCUGCCGCAAGAACCGCUGCAACAAGCUAGGCUACAACGUCAACAAGGUCCGAACAGCCCGGAGCACCAGGAUGUUCCUUAAGACGCGGGAGAUGAUGCCUUACAAAGUUUUCCAUUACCAGAUUAAAGCACAUCUCUUUGGUCAUAAUCAUUUGGCUUUGGACAACCAGCCUGUGAAAAUAUCUCUGUAUGGAACUCAUGAUGAGAAGGUAGACAUCGCGGUAGUCGUGCCGAGCAUGAUCACCAACACCACCGUCUCCUUCCUGGUGACCUCAGAUGUAGAUGUAGGAGAUCUGCUGAUGCUCAAGAUCCAGUGGGAGAGCGAUUCGUACCUGCCGAGCUUCUUCAGCACCAACCAGUUCCGGAUUCGCAAAAUGAGAAUUAAAUCUGGAGAGACGCAGGCCAAACUGAUUUUCAGACCCAAGGACAUGGAAUUUGGGAGCCUCGCUCAAGGCAGGGACGGUGUAAUCUUUGUAAAAUCCACCGACGUUCCCCAGAGCAGGAAAGAGGAGAGGAUGCAUCGACUUAAAAUGCACGGCAGCUUCUUCAAGCAGGAUGGAAAAGAGAUGGACUGGAAAGAUCCGGAAACGCAAACAUCGAACCCGGUGACGACAACCGCCGAGACGGUGACGCAGAGGUCCUGAGAGGUUUACAAUCCAACUAAAGACUAUGGAGAUUUGAUAACAUCUCAAACAAUAAUAAUAAUAAUAAUAAUAAUAAUAAUAAUAAUAAUAAACUGUAACCAGAAUAAAAACUACUUGAAAGAUGAAUUCAAUCUGGUUAAAAAAAUGAAAAUAUUUUGUAAAUAACGCUCUGACAGUUUGCUGUUACAUAUCUCAUGUUCCGUAUUAAAUCUGUUGUAUUAACACUGCUAUUAAAUUUGUACGUAACCCUCUGGUGCUCUAUUUAACAAGUGCCGUGUAUGUACACGUGUAGCCGAAAUAUCUGAGAUAUAGCCUUUUUAGAUCCAUGAUUCAGUGCGACUUCACAGCUACCUCUGCCUAACAUUCCAGUUGGGAAUUCCGAACCGCUCGCUUUACUUCACACGUACUCGGAACACACGUUAUAUCCCAUUAAUUCCAGGAAAAGCGUGUAUAUUUUUUAAUGUCUCUGUAUUUAAAUUUGAAAUGUAUAGUAUAUGUGUGUGUGUGGGUGUGUGUGUGUGUGUGUGUAAUAUGGCUGUAAUAUAUAUUUGUACUUCAAACAAACACAUUAAAAUGUAUAUUUUUAGUAAGUAUAUAUAAACUUGGAAUUCCGACUGUCCUUUCGUUCAGCACAUUUAACCUAUAGGUACAUGGCAGUGAUUCACAUUGAACUCUCUCUCUCUCAAUCAAUCUCUCACUCUCUCUUUCUAGCUCUCUCUUUCUCACUAUCUCUCUCUCUCUCUUUCUUUCUUUCUUUCUUUCUUUCUUUUUACCAGGUUGCAAUGAUGCCUUGGUGUUGGAUAUUUAUUUAGACCUGAGUUGUAUAUAGUGUGUACUCUGAGUCAUUUUAAGCAAUUUGUAUUUGUAAAUGUAUAUUUCAAUAAAUAAAUAAAAAAAACUUUA